CGCCGCUGGUGACCUCGAAACGUAAUACUUGCACUCUUCAUCUCCAACUAGGCGCUGAUAAUUUGCUUUUCAAAACCUCUUUAUAUAUUUUGCAGCGGAAUAUGUGCAUUUGUUAAUUUGGACAUACAUCCUUUUCUUCUGGGCAACUGGCUCAGCGACCUCGGCUUCAUCCUCACACAGCUUGCGCGCUUCCACAGUGCGUCUGGCCACAAUGGACCCGACGUCAUCACAAGGGCUGUCACCGCUAGCAGAGCCAACCAUACGAUCGUAUAACAGAAGAGAUGGUGAAGGAUAUCAUCAGGAUGCAGAUAUGGGCCACUCACCGAUAGCUGGGGGUGGGCAUCAGGCUCAUCCUCAAUCUCAGCUACAUAUGGAACCGGACGAUAACGAUGUACCGGAAUCCCUUUUGCUGGAGAGUAAUUCGGCGUCGGUGAUGGAAGCUGAAGCUGCACAACCGUUGAUACCCCCUUCUCGCCAGCGGCCUGGCCCUGACCGAGGCCCGAAGUCUCAUAUCCAGUGGGAGAAUCUCGACGAGAGACGUGCUGAGCAUGCAACGACGUCCCACUCUCCUCUGCCAUUCAGGAUUCAACCGAAAAACAAGGCAUCAACAGGGAUUCACGUUACCAAGCGCGAGGCAGCUCUCUGGAGAUGGGUAAACGUCUCGAGCUUGGACAAUUUCAUGCGCGAUGUCUACGACUAUUAUGAAGGAGGUGGGAUUUGGUGUAUACUGUCCGCUAACGCGCUGUGGCUGCUGGAAACUCUGUUUGUGGCAGUUCUACUCACGUUUCUGACACAAUGUGUCGACUACGACAAGAUUCCAAAGAGCAAGUCGCUGGACCAGGUCAUUAUCAGCCAGUGUACGCGAAAGAUGUCCGUCUUAUGGAGUCUGGGUAUCUGGAUGUACUCAUUCUUCUUUUUCUGGAAAGCCGUACAAUACUUUCUGGAAAUACGUCGACUUUCCCAUAUCCGCGACUUUUAUAGAUUCCUACUCGAGAUUCCAGAGCAAGAUAUGCAGACGGUUUCAUGGCAAGACAUUGUUGGAAGGGUUAUGCUGCUCCGCGACCAGAACCCAAAGACGGCCACCAAUACUCCAGCUCGACUGCGCAAGUUCCUCGGAAGCCAGUCGAAGGAGAGGCUUGAUGCUCACGAUAUUGCCAAUCGACUAAUGCGAAAGGAAAACUACCUCAUUGCGAUGAUCAACAAGGACGUCUUGAACCUUUCGCUACCUAUACCAUUCCUCAGGAACCGCCAGCUCUUUUCGAAAACCAUGGAAUGGUAUCUCCAUUACAGCAUCCUCGAUAUGGCCUUUACCGAGAGGGGCGAAAUUCAGCAAGACUUUUUGCGAGCAGAUCGACGACGCAUAUUGAGCCAGAAGCUUCGACAGAGACUUAUCUUUGCCGGAAUCCUCAACUUGAUUUUCGCACCGGUUGUGCUCGCCUAUGUUAUUAUUGUAUAUUUUUUCACAUACUACAAUGAGUAUCAAAAAGACCCCAAACUUGCCACAGCGCGAAAGUAUACUGCGCUGGCAGAAUGGAAGUUUCGCGAAUUCAACGAGCUCCCGCAUAUAUUCUACGAAAGACUACACAUGUCGUAUCCCUUUGCGACCAGAUACUUGGACCAGUUUCCCAAGCGGCUCACCGAGGAUGUUGCUCGCAGUAUCGCAUUCAUGUCUGGUGCGAUAACGGCAGUGCUGGCUGUCUGCACCGUGCUCGACUCUGAACUGUUUUUGGGUUUUGAGAUUACCAAGGACCGAACUGUCCUGUUCUACUUGGGUGUAUUUGGUGCCAUCUGGGCAAUGACCCGAGGCAUGAUAUCUGAGGAGACAAUGGUCUUCAACCCAGAGUAUGCGCUACGUAAUGUGAUUGAGUACACGCAUUACAUGCCGGAUCACUGGGAGGGCCGUCUUCACAGCUUUGAGGUGAAGCAAGAAUUUUCUGAACUUUACAAGAUGAAGGCCAUAAUCUUCUUGGAGGAAGUGAUGGGCAUCAUCACCACUCCCAUGUUACUCUUGUUCUCACUCCCCAACUGCAGCGACCAGAUUGUCGACUUUUUCCGCGAAUUCACUGUCCAUGUGGAUGGGCUUGGCUAUGUUUGCUCGUUUGCCCUCUUUGAUUUCAGUCGCGGCGUCGGCAAUGCUCGACAAAAGGAUGCCAAUCCUGAUGUGCGGGAGGAAUACUAUUCAACCAAGCACGGGAAGAUGGCAGCCUCGUACUACGGAUUCUUGGACAACUACGUCAUCAAUCCCAAGACGGGAAUACCUGGUCAUAUGCCUCCUGGCAUGAAGCAAAGCUUCCACCAUCCGCCGGCUUUUCCGAGCCUCAACUCGCCAACACUGGCAGCUGAUAUGCCCGGGCCGUCGUCGCAACGCAUGGAUGGACGCCGGGACGUCGGCUUACGCGGAUAUCCGGCCAAUCCUCCGGGCCUCAUGCAGUCGUCGUCAGUUCUUCUAGAUGCACAAGCCAGCAUCACUGGACCAAGCCGGCGGGCUCUGCAUCGGUCUCACCUAUCCCGCGUGGGUGGCAAGUUUGCUCCUCCUGGCAUUGAAGAGGCUAGGGAAGAGUCAGGCGGAUACUCGGGGAUGGGAGCGGACGUAGACGAGGAUUUGCGAGAAGUCGAUGCUGGGCUGGGCGAGUCGACAUGGCAAACAUCACCAGGACAGGGACUGAGUAGGGAGCAGAGUGCAAGUAAUGCAGACGGACAUGACGGGGGCGUACUGGGCAUGAUUCACCAAUUCCGCCAAGCGCAGUAUGGCGGACGCCGGACGGGGUCAAUAGUGUAAUGCCUUUCGGGGAGGUACCCGAGGGCAACCCGUCCGUUCUGUAGGCUUUGUGUGUACAUACGGCAUCUGUCAUGAGAACCAACAUUUUCCUUUUG